AUGUCGAACUCGGUUGUGGUUAGUAUUCCCAAGGCGCGCGCGUGCGGCGGCGUGUACCAGAUGAUCAUGGAGAAGGUGAUCCAGGCGUCGCAGAAUGACUUUGAAGAGUCCGGCGUCGACCAGAGCACGCUCGACGAGAUGAAGCAGGGUUGGCAAGAGAGACUGUCUGCUCUCAAGAUUGCUCAUUUUCCAUGGGACCCAGCCCCUGAACAAGCCCGCCAGCCGCCUACUGUGCCGUCCAAUGUCAAGGUUGACAAUGAAAUGCCACCUGUGUCUGGCUCGCAAGAACCCAACUUUCCCAAUGUGGCCGUAAAGAUGGAGGGCGGGUACCAACAGCCUCUAUCGAACUAUCCUCAAGCUCCUCCUGCCAACAACGGUUAUACAGGUUAUGAGCAGAACAACGAGCUGGCACGGCAGCGUGCGGCAGCUCUGGUUCAGCAACGCGUGCAGCAACAUGGCCAUGGGCACCAGCAAAACUUCCCCAACCUUGCUCAGCAAGGUCAUCUACCACAGAUGCCUAUGCAGUCCCAGCAGCAACAACAACAACAGCAGCAGCAGCAGCAGCGGAUGAUGGCUCCUCAACAGCAACAGCAUCAGCAGCAGCGCCCGCCCCAACAGCAACAAAUGCCACAGCAACGUCCUCAACAGGGUCACCUAUAUACCUCACAGAAUGACGGUUCGGGUGAUGCCAUGGCGGACUGGGAAGCUCUCAAGGCUGCCCGCGCCGCUGCAGCUGUUGAUCGUAUGGCAGCUGACGACUUCAUGCGUGCUCGUGUCGACGCCAUGGCCAUGCGUCAGGAUAGCGGACUUAUGGUACCACUCGACUCCAUGCCACAGGGUAGAAAGCGAAAGGCUGCCGUCCGCGUACUCCAGGAACAAGACGCAGAGGCUUCUUCUAGUGUCCCUGGACCUGCCCGUUUCGAUGGGGAUGAUGAGGUAAAGCCGGAAGAGGAUCCCGAUGAUGCGAUCAACUCUGACCUCGACGACUCUGAGGAUGAGUUGGGCGAUGGAGAUAACAGCGAUGACGACAUGGUUGACUACAUGCUGUGCACUUAUGAUAAGGUCCAGCGCGUCAAGAACAAGUGGAAGUGCACUCUCAAGGACGGCAUCCUGACCACCAACAAGAAGGAGUACUUGUUCCACAAGGCUAAUGCUGAACUUGAGUUCUAA